AAUCUUAGUUUAAAAUAGGAAAAUUAUUGUGGUAAUAUUACAAUCGAAUUGGUCAAACUUCGAGUUGUUUGUAAACAGUUAUGAUACAACUGGAAGAGGAUAAUGCUCUUGCGAGAUCCAUGUAUGAAACGAAACAAAUAACAAGUCCUAGAUCCUUUACUGAUAAGAAGGCAGACGAGAAAGAGCUCCCAAUCGGCUUGAUAAAAUCUGCCAAACGCACUGGACAACUCAGUUUGUGCAACAGGGGCCUUGGAACUGUACCUGACAAUGUGUGGAAAAUUGAUGAAUUGGUUAUGGAGGAGACCAAGGAAGUUGACUUUUCAAGAUCAGAGUUAAACAACUGGUGGAAUUCUGAGCCGUUGAAAAUGUUGGAUCUCAGUUCAAAUGUGAUAAAAACAAUAUCCCCCAAUGUCAAGUUACUUCAACAGCUUGUCACCCUCAAGCUUCAUGACAAUGCAAUCACAGCCUUACCAGCUGAAAUUGGUGAAUUGAAAAUUCUGUCAAAUCUAAGCUUAGACCAUAAUAAGCUUACUGUAUUACCAAAAGAAUUUUACAAAUUAACUGAACUACGCUGGCUCAGUUUAGCUCACAAUGAACUGAGUGGAAUUGAGCCGGACUUUGGUGAUUUGGUUAUGCUAACAUUUUUGGAUUUAUCACACAACAAACUUACAGUACUACCUCCUGGUAUGGGUUAUUUGGUCCGUUUAGUGGAGCUAAACCUUUCACAUAACCAGCUGCAAGAGUUGCCUCCAGACAUUGUCAAUCUUAGGGAUUUGAAGAAAAUGAACAUAAGCAACAACAAUCUAAAAAGGCUACCUGCAUUAGGUGAAUUGAGGAAAAUGGAAGUAUUGGAUGCAAAUCACAAUGAUAUAGAGGCUUUGCCUGACUUUUAUGGCUGCACUGCAUUGAAGGAACUGUACUUGGCUAAUAAUUUCAUCAAGGAAAUUACUGAAGAAUUCUGUGAUCAGAUGCAGCAUUUGAAUGUGUUAAAUAUUCGUGAUAAUAAGAUUGAAGUGUUACCCGAAAAUAUAUCAUUACUCCAAAAACUGAAGAGGCUUGAUCUGACUAACAACAAUUUGAAUAAAUUACCAAGAAACCUAGGUCUCCUGUCUCAGCUGCAAAGCCUGAGUAUGGAGGGUAACAAGCUGUCGGCCAUCCGGCAGGACGUCAUCCGCGGCGGCACCGACCGCAUGAUGAAGUACCUGCGCGACCGCAUGACCGAUGAGAUUGUCAGCGAGACCAGAUAUACCGACACUGAUUGGCCGGACAAGUACACCCUGAAAAAGAGCCAAGCACUCAUGGUCCCGUCCCGCAGCCUGACCUCGGUGCCGGACGAUGUGUUCAAGGCCGCGGCUGACGCUGAAGUGCACAUCAUCGACAUUUCCAAGAACAAACUCACCGCUGUGCCUAUGGGAGUGUGUCACCUGAAAGAAACCCUGUCUCAACUGAUCAUGUCUUCGAACAGUAUUGCCAACAUUCCUCCGGAGAUAUGUCGUUGUGUGCACUUACAGUAUCUGGAUGUGGGGAAGAAUUGCCUAGCAGAAUUACCCUUGGAAAUCGCCAACCUGAAAAACCUGAGAGAACUAGUCAUAUCUAAUAAUAAGUUCGGAAAGAUCCCGCGUUGUGUUUACGAGUUGGAAAACCUUGAGAUUCUCUUGGCCGCGGAGAAUCAGAUUGAGGAAAUCAACGUGUCUUCGGAUGCUUUGGCAAAGCUGAAAAAACUGGCCGUGCUGGAUCUGUCCAACAACAGCAUAUUCACCGUGCCUCCUGAGCUUGGCAACUUUACACAUUUGAGGAGCCUGGAGCUGAUGGGCAAUUGCUUCCGACAGCCGCGGCAUGCCAUCCUCGCCAAAGGCACCGCGUCGGUGCUCUCCUAUCUGAGAGACCGAAUCCCUACCAACUAGCACGUAAGCACCAGUGUUUGACUAGCGUACAUCAUAUUAACAAAGGAUAAUAAUAGACAUAAGAACUCUGGUAAAAAAAGUACAGUGAGUACAAUUUACUUUUAAAAUGUUUGUUGUGGCUGCCUAGUAAGUAUUUAGUUACAUUUAUGUAGUUCUGGAACCGGCUCUAUUCUAAUAAAUAAAAUCUUUGUCGGAAAAUUCUGAUAACAACCGUCUUACUUAAUUUAAAGGCUGAUUCACACGUAUUAAGUAGUUAAGUAGGUAUUUAACUUCAAUUUUCGGGUAAGUUGGUGGGCGGGGCUUGUCACUUGACACGUUUUGACACGCAGUUUCAUAGUAAACAAGAACUUGACAGCUUAACGUUUUGACAUAGACUUAAAAUUUAGUUACCUAGGUACUUAACACGUGUAAAUCAGCCUUUACUUAAAAAUAAAAUUGGCCUGCUUAGACUUCACAAACAAUAGUCAUCAAGAAAAUAACCAGUUUACAAACAAUAUGAGGGUUACUUGAAGAUGAUUACCAGAGUCUUCGCUCAAGGCAUUUGUGUACUGUAGUAUCUCUUUUACUUUGAAUAUGCAUCUUUGUUAAUAUGACGUAUGAAACUUUUAAGAGUUGCCAUAUCAGCUAUCUGCUUAUUUAUAAAACCAAAAAUAAUCACACCUAUAGAUUUGUUAUUCCCUUUUAUUUGUUGUUUAAUUCAUUAAGAUUUGCUGGUCUUAUGUCAGUCAAAUUAUUAUUGUCGUGAGUUUAUUAUUGUUACUUUCAAUUGUUUUGUUAUUUAUUUGUGUGUCAAUAUUGUUGUUGAUUAUUUUAUUACAUUCAAUCAUUUUAGUAAUUAUUUAAAUCAGUGUAGGUUGUGAUAUGAAAAAAAUAACUGGCUUAUUAACGCGCCAUUUAAUGAAAUAAUUGCCUUUCGGAAUACUGAGUACUUCACUUGCGUAAAUUAAUGUUAAUUAAAAUGCCAAAUACAUAUUAUCGUGUACAUUUAAAAUUAAGAUAUCCGUACGUUACAACAAUGAAGUUAAUGUAUUUUUCUUAUAUCCAAAGCAGUUAAGGUUCAAAAGUGACAUUUUAAUUCUAUUGUUGACCGGAAAUGCUAUUUUUUGAUAAGUAUUGCUAUUUAUUAACUUUAAAAUAUGCUCACGCGUGAAAAGGCCAAGUUACAGAAAAAUAUAUUUUGUAAUAGGUACACACGUGAAUUAUUGUGUUAUAUUGUACUAAUUGUUAUGUACGUGCUUAGCUAAUACUUAAAUAUGUGGUUUGAAGUGUUAUUAAAAUGUGGGUUAAUUAUUAAGACAUCAUUCCACGGGUUUUAAUAGUUCUUGUUUUUGGCGAUAUGGUCUAUAUCUUCAUGCAUUUUUGUGCAAGCACUAAAACUGUUACUACCUUCAAUCAAAAUUUCUAAUAUUCGAUGAAAUAAUGCAGAAUAUUAACUUACGUAUACUUAAUUAACCAUUACGUAGCAAUAUGUUUUUCAUUUUAUACUAUCAGUUCCGAGUCCUUUUUAUUAUGUCCUGUCCAUGUUGAAAAGUGUUAGGGGCGGAAUGUUUUCAUGGUAAAAUUUAAUCGUAAUUAAUUGUAUUAAGAGAUAUGUCUUUAAGCCUUGGCUAAAUUAUUGGCUUCCAUAUUUUGAAUUUAAUUUAAGUAAAAAAUAAACGAAAAUAUUGGUUAAAGGGUUAACAAACGUUAAAAGACGCGUCAUAAUUAUGACGACAAAUGUAAAUAAAUGCAUUGUGAGCUACAUGGAUGAAGGACUAGCAUAUGAAAAGUGACUUGGCACGCUCGGUAGCCGCUUAGCAUGAUAACUUUGAACGAUUCGUGAAAACUCACUUCUCAGUUGAAUUACUCGUUAUCGUCUUCGAUAUUUUAUAAUAAAAUUAACGAAAUGACGGUCUGAUACAGAAAAUAACAAUAACUAACGAAUAAACUUAUGUAAACUGACUAAUUUGCCAGGAAAAUAGUUUUCAUUCCCCUUAGGAAUAAUGUGUAACAUAGAAAAUACCUGAUGUUUUAUAAAAUGUUACUAAAAAUAGAGUCAUUGUUAGAAAUCUUAAGAAAUUAGCAGAAAUGUUGAUAGUCAUUACAACCAAAGUAUUGUUCAAUGUACCUGAAUUUAUUUUUGGAUAUCUAUGUAUUGUGUUUGAAUAUGUAGGUAGAUAACAGUAGCCUAUUUUCAAUGUUUAUUGGCCGCUUAGAAUACAAGUGUGAAGAAAUUGCACAAUAUUGUUAUGGAAUGUUCAUAAGCACAAUUUAAAGAAAAUUAUAUUAUUAAAUAUACCUAAUGCCUUAAAAUAA